AUGGCUGGCGCAAAUAAGAAAAUGUUUGGGCUUUCCCAUGUGGUGCCUGUCAUCAUGCCUCUCGCUCUAGGUUCUGCUGGAUAUGCUGCCUAUCGAGUCAAUUGGGGUCCUCUGAUCAAGGCUUUCCUUACAGGACCUGGCCGCACGUCGCGGAUCCUGUUGCUACUGUUCGUAGUGUUCAACUGGAAGAGCAUGCCCUUUGCUUGGACUUACCGAGUCUUCUACGUGAUCUUCUACCAUACCUUUUGGCGCAAAUCGCCAAAUCUUGGCCCCGAGGCCCUCUUCAAACCCGUGAUCUCUACCACCCACGCCCCUCUUCUCGAGAUUGACUACAACUUCCACAAGUCUAAUUCGACCUAUUUCGCCGAUCUCGACGUCUCACGAUCUCACCUUGUCACAUAUCUCUGCCGCGCAUCCUAUAUUACACUCGCCCAAAACACCAAGACGAAGAUUGUCCUAGACCCCAAGACCGAUCAGCCUAUCAAGGGCCAGAUGAGCAUCAUCCUUGGUGCUGUCGAGUGCAGCUUCAAGCGCGAGAUCCCUGCGUAUAAGAGCUUCGAGAUGUGGAGUCGCAUUCUAUGCUGGGACCGCAAGUGGUUAUACAUCGUGACACAUUACAUCCCCAAAGGAGCUGCUAAGCCAACAUCAUGGCUGGACCCCACGUUCAAGAAGGUAUCUGCGCGAGGCCCUCAAGAUGCUGCCGGUGGAUGGGAGAAGAAGAUCUAUGCUACGGCCAUAAGCAAGUACGUUUUCAAGCUGGGUCGCUUCACUGUGAACCCAGCUAUCAUGCUCGGCGGCGCCUCUGGUCUACUGCCUGAGCGACCUGGAGGUUGGACAUCUGGUGAACAGCAACUCGGCGAUCUUUCUGCUGAUGUCUCAGAUGUGGACUUGGAUGUCCCUGGAGAAUGGGAUUGGCGACGUGUUGAGGCGCAGCGACGUAAGGGUAUGGAGUACGCAAAGCACUUUCAGGAGCUCGACAACUUGCAUGACUUGUUUGACGGAGGCAAUGAAGGCGCUCUUGGCAAGUUUACACCCUAA